CAGAAAGCAAAAUGUGUUGAAUACCCGCGCUGUUCUCUCUCUCUCUUUCUCUCUCUCUCUCUCUCUCUCUCUUAAAACAAACAUAUCCAAAACCAACGCUGCUUUUCAAAAUUCGCAAUGGACGAAAACACCCUCAUCGGCGGCGAUAUCUUCGGCGGCCUCGUGCCUCUUUGCCACGUGUCCGCUUCCCAGGAAGACCAUCUGCGUCGCUGCCCUUUUGCUCCAGAGCCUUACGACGCCAGACCCUCCUCCUCUGAUUCCGACUCCGACCCCGACGCUAUUCCCGUCGAGUCCACUGGAAUUAUGAUGGUCUCGCCUCCAGACAGUUUGGAGUUCAGGGACAACAACAACAACAACAACAACAAUAGCACCUCUCACGAUGUCUUCCAGACCCCGCCGGAGGAUUCCACCAUGUUUAGCUCCGAGGAGCAGAAUCCGCCACCGGCGGCCAUGGAAGGCGGGAAACACGAAGGUUCUGAUGGUGACGUGGCCGUUGAUGGUGGGAGUGAAACUGUGGUUGUCGAUUUGGGGUGUGUGGACGAUAGCGGUACAGGGACCGUGGAGUUGGGGUUGGAUUCGGAGUUAGGGUUUUCGGAGAUCCAGGAGGUACAGAGGGUCAACUCCCAGUCUGAAUCGUUGGGAUUUAGGGUUUUGAGUGCGGAAGAAGAAGAAGAAGAAGAGGAGGGUUUGGACGAGCAGCCACCGUUGAAAAAAUCGAAGAUUCCACCGCAAAAUUCGGGGAAAUCCGCGGGAGGAUUGGAGUCCGAGACGGUCAAUCGGCACGACCACCGAUCUCGUUCCUGCCAAAAUGUGGAAUUCAACGGCGGAGGCGGCGAUGCAGGGUUUGGGGAAGAAAGCUCGGCCAAGAGGAAAUUGGAGUUCGAAGUCGUUCAGUUAGAGAUUGAACCAAACGGCCGCGUAUUGGAGGGGGGAAAUGCCAAGGUAGGUGUAAAGGAAGGUGUGAACAACGAAGGGGUUUUGGGAUUGAAUGAAUUACAGAGCAGCGGUCAGGAAAAGGAACCUGCCGGAGAGUUCAUGGAGGCUGAACGUGGAAAAUGCCAGGGUCGAUUGCUGCCAAAUUGGAUUCACGGUGUUGAAAAGAAUGAGAAUGAGGUUAGGAAAGCAAUGACAAAAAAUGAGAACAAGGUUAGGAAAGUGCAAUUGAGUAGGGUUGUCGAAAAUUUUCCAUUUUUGCAUGCAUUGAAAUUGCUUAAAGAACUCGAUGAUAAACUUGGCGAUGAUAGCUUUCCAGGAGAUGGUUUUGUUGAAAUUUGUAAGCAGCAAGGGAUAAUUUUUCCCCGGCCGAGCUGGUGGCCUGAACGGGGCUUUAAUCUCAUCGACAACAACGACUACAAUGAUGAGUGAAGAUGAGGCCCGUUCACAAAUUGAGGUUUUGCUUUGUUUUUUAGCAUGUUGAGUUAAGAUGGGCUUGUGGUAACCAUACAUAUGAAUUGCUAGACCUGGUCAUGUUUUUGUUAAUGUAGAUUUUGCAUUCUAAAUCUACUGUCAUCACUGUUUCAGUAGAUUUUGAUCAAAGGGCUAUUAUAUACCUUAGAAAGUUUGUUGCUUUACUGAUUAAAUUGUUAAAUUUGGAGGAACAAAGUAGCUUAGGCCAGACCAGGGGUAAUGGUAAAAUAGGCCAUAGCCAUGAUAGGUUUUGCUUCCACAUUUUACAGCUUCUGUUUCUGGUUUUUGCAAACAAUUAAGUAUGUUUCCAUAGUCACUGGAAGGUGGAAAGCUAGAAGAAGUUAGAUUAAACUGAAGAAGGUAGCUGUUGAUUCUAUGUUACAUUUUUUUGUGGGGAAUGUUGAUAUUCUAUGUUACAUAUUUAUUAAUGUGAAUGUUAUAUAUGAUAGUUUCAAAGCCUUAUUGUUUCAGCA